UUUGAAGAUUGAGCUUUAUCCCACGCCGUACUUGUGUAACAUCUGAAUUCUUCCCCCUCUUCCUGUCCGCGUGUUGUCCCCUUUAAUCCUUGUUACCGUAGUCACUCUCCGCGUUAGCAAGAUGAGCGGAUCAAACGUGAAAAAGGGUCCUUCCUCCGGGGUGAUGGAGUGGAUCAGCUCUGCUUGUCGGUUUGCAACAGACAGAAACGACUUUAGAAGGAAUCUUCUGGUCAACUUAGGUUUGUUUGCUGCUGGUGUUUGGGUAGCAAGAAAUCUAUCAGAUUUUGACCUGAUGUCUCCUCAGCCAGUGACAUAACGUAGCCACAACACACCAGAACCAAAACCAGGAUGAUGGCGUCUUGGACCAACAAAGAAGAGAAAGGGACAUGAAUAAAUACUACUGUUAGGACUACUUAUGUUUAGAAAACAUCUCAUUAACAAUUUUUUUUUUCACCUGUGCCGAUGACAUGAAAACAAAUAAUUACCUUUAAGUUGU